AUGUUGGACUUCAAGGGCCUAUUCCCGACAGUGACAGUGUUCAUCGCAUUUAUAAUCAGCAUUCUAUGUCUCUUCGCAGGGACGCAUAGAAACUUCCUCGAUGGUGUGGAUCUCUUGACUCUGUACACACCCGCAGGCACACUAGGCACCAUCGGCAGUGAAGCUCACGAUUUCUAUUCCAUCCACAUCAUGUCCUACUGCCAGGGAACACUGGGGACAACCACGCCCAGUGCAGGAGUUAUACGCAACGUGACCGCAUGCUCAAAUCGCACGCUUCUAUCCUCAUUUGAUCCGACACAAGCCUGGCCGAAGGAGAUCCUCGCCCAGGGACUGACUUGGCCACGCGUGAUUAGCGAUGACUUCCACGCCCUCAAACUGACAAGUCAAGUCAUGGGCGUGCUGUACUGUAUGGGAGUUGGUGCGAUGGGGGCGGCGAUACUUGUACGAGUAUGGGCGACACUUUCUCCGCGAUUAGGCCAGGGCCUAUUUGAAUUUGGAUUUUUCACGCUCGGAUCUCUUAGUAUCAGUAUCGCAUCCAUAAUCGCCACGGUCAUCGCCUUUGAAUUUGUUGCUUUGAUCAACGCUCACGGCAAGGGCUCGAACGUGUCAGCCCAUUAUGGAGAGAAAUUUCUCGGGAUGACUUGGGCCGCAGUGGGGCUAUUAGUGGCCGGUAGCGUUGCUUGCUUUCUGAAUACCUUUGUUCCCAACCGGGCUGCAUCUGCUGCUGCAUUUGAAAAGGAUAUAGAGGGGUAA